AUGACCUCUCGGACGACUCCAGCUUUUAUGGUAAGCCCUCCAAUAGUUUUCCAGGUCAUUGCUAACGGUAUGACAGGAGAGGAAGAUGAAACCACACGAUUGGAGCAGGAAGCAACAGAAUACGACACAGAGAAGUACUGGACGAAAAUCCACCCACAUCUCCUCUCAACUCUCCAAGAGAAAGUUCGGAACGAGGAAAAACAACGAGCCACACAGAAAAUGUCGCCCACGCCCAUGGACAUCGAUAAACCAACAUGCAUGCCACCCGACCGACUCGGUCGCGGUGAGUCGAGCUCUGCGUUCCUCGCACGUCUCCCAGCCUCAACUACAAAAGAAGAGAAUGCUGGACCCUGGAUAUAUCUUCAUACACCCGAAAGCGAAAGGGAACAACCCGAGAUCGCCACUCUCCAACGAAGGGGCCAGGAAGCGCUCUACGCCUAUGAAAACGAAGAAGCGCGCUUACGACAGGAGAAUGACCAGAAGGGUGGUAGUAACGUUGCGCUUUCACGGAAACUUUCCCCGCUAAGGCGCGAGCUCGAAGCGCGUCUCUUUGCGCUGGCGCAGGAGACGGACGUGGUGUCUGGUAAGUGGCUGCUGUUUACCACGCCGGAUAGAGUUGAUUCAUACUGGAGGCGGGUCGUUGAGGGGACGAUGCGGGGGGAGCUGGGGUACGCGGCUAAGGUUGCUACGGAUGCCGGUGGUGCGCAGAAGGCGAGGCUCAUCUGUGUGUAUACGAAGGAUUAUCGGGAUCGCGAGGAUAUCAAGCGGGUGCUCAUGAGUUUGAUGGAGCUGGGACUGGUAAGGAAGGGGGAGAGGCCGGUUUAUUACAAGUGUGAUGUGUUGACGUAUCUGGAAAUCAUGUCGGGGAAUCCGUAUGGAUUGAAGCCGACUUUGUGUUCGAGCGGGGAUGUUAUGAAUGGCAAGGUCUAA